AAAAUGUAGCUAGGGUUUCCAGCAGCCUCCCUCACAGAAGUGUUGCAAUGCUGUAUCUAAGAGCUGAUAAUUAUUAUGGUACCGGUAGGCGGCGCCUCUCGAAUGCGCGUAGGCCAGUGUUCUUUUGUACUUCUCAUAUGCCAGGGCGCACUAAUAUUGAUUAUGCUGCGGUGAAGAGAAUCAUGAAGCUCCGGGCUAAGGCAUCAAGGGACAGAAAAAGUAAGAAGCUCGGAUCAAGUUCAAAAGAAGAAGAUGCUGCUCCUAAUGAUCAAGUCCAAAGCCAAAUCCUCGGAUCAAGUUCAAAAGAAAAAGAUGCUGCUCCUAAUGAUCAAGUCCAAAGCCAAAUGCUCCACCUAAGUCUGGAAGAAGAAGAAGAAGAAGAAGAAGAUGCUGCUCCUAAUGAUCAAGUCCAAAGCCAAAUCCCCCACCUAAGUCAGCAAGAAGAAGAUGUUGCCUUUAGCUGGACGAAGAUUUAGUCACGACACUCAGUUUUGCCCCACUUCUUUUGUGUUGAGAACAAUUCACGUCCCCCUCAGUUUUAUAAAACCAACAAACUUGGAAUUGAAAUGGUAAAACUACUUUUUCAACUCAGCUAAGUGGUACAUUAUUUCACUUUACAUAAUUUAUAUUACCGGUUAAUGUUAAUACUUAACCAUCUGUUCUGCCUAUGCAUCUCCACGACCAUGAAUAUGCAUGAUACGUGUAUCUUGCUGGGUCUAGACGAGCAUCAUAUGAGCUCCUCUUACUGCCGUGACAAGAGUAUCGACUUAAUACUUCUUAUAUCCAAUCAACUCUCUCAUCAUCGAG